CGAGUGUUCCUGCUGUCGAGGAGGAUGCUUUGAGAUAAUUUUUUAAAACGGCGAUUUACAAUUUAAACAUUUAAAAGAGAUGUCUUGAUGUUUAUAGAACAGGAUUAUUAACGACUACUUUUUUAAAAUGGCAUCUCUGGCAGUCACCACAUGUGGUCCCCGACCCCGGCUUCACACUAUCUCAACGGAACUUGGAAGGACGUUUAACUGUUACACUUUGUUCCGGAAAUCGUCAACAAUUAGCGUUAAUUACAAUGACCUCGAAAAUUCGGCUGCUGAUAGUGUUUACGACAAUGCUAAAUCAUUUGAUGAUAUUCCAGGACCAAGAGGCCUGCCAUUUUUGGGAACAUUGCAUCAUUACAGGGGACCAUUUCAGAAGUUUAACAUAGAUCGUUUCCAAGUUGCCUUACAUGAUCGAUAUCAGAAGUAUGGUCCCAUCAUGAAGGAAACAAUAGCUGGAGUAACUGCAGUUCGUUUGUUUGAUCCAGACUACGUUAGAAUUGUAUAUCAGAAUGAAGGGAAAGUACCACAUGUUGCUCCUCUUCUAGAUACAACUCGUUUGUACAGGAGUCAGAAAAAUAUGUCUCCUGGCCUUGGUAACACGAAUGGGGAUGAAUGGUACAGACUGAGGAGUGCUGUACAACAGAUGAUGAUGCGUCCGAAGGAAGUCACUGUUUACCUCCCAAAUGUACAGCAAGUUGCUGAGAAAUUUGUCAACAAAGUAGGCAACACCCUCCGCGACAAGGACGGACACGUACACAGCUUCAGAAGGGAGCUAGCAAAGUGGAAUCUAGAGUCAUCAGGCAGCACCUGUUUUGAGACAAGUCUCGGCUGUUUAGAAUCUGAGAAAGGAUCAUGGACAGAAAAAAUGAUAACUGCCAAUAAUGAUAUAUUUGCUCUGUCUACCAAGAUAACCUUUUCAUUGCCUUUCCACACACUGUUCACUACACCGACAUGGAAGAAGCUUGUUGCUGCAGAAGACUUCUUUUUCCUAAAUGGUCAGAAGUUGGUUGACGAGACUUCAAAGAAGAUUGAGGAUUUGAUAUCUGAAGGUGAGAUGGAUGAAACCAAGUAUAACUUUUUAGCCUACCUCCUCAGCAGGAAGGAACUCAGCUACAAGGACAUCAGCAUCAUAACACUGUCACUUUUUGGAGAUGGACUAAAUACGACUGUCCCAGCAAUAAUAUUUGCUUUGUAUUGUUUGGCGAGGAAUCCUAAUGCACAGCAGUUGGCAUAUGAGGAAGUGUGUAGGGUGAUUCCAGAGGGCGAGACCAUCACGGCUGAUAUGGUAGCACGCUUACCCUACUUAAAGGCAUGCGUAAAGGAAUCAUCAAGACUUUAUCCUAUUGGCCUGGAUAUCAAAAGGAUACCACAGAAAAAUUUGGUCGUUGGAGGUUACAAGGUGCCUGCAGGGACAAUUGUGGAGCUGGUCCCGUAUGUAAUGUUCCAAUCACCAGAGCAUUUCUCUGAGCCUGAACAGUUCAAACCAGAGCGAUGGUUGAGAGAUGGAUCCGCCCUGAACAUUCAUCCCUAUCUACUGACACCGUUCGGUCACGGGCCAAGAAUGUGUGCAGGGAGACGAUUCGCAGAACAGGAGAUGUAUGUGUUGUUAUCAAAACUAUUGCAGAGAUUUGUCAUUGGUUGGGAAGGGGAGAACCUGGAACAGAAAUUUCAGAUGUUGAUGGUUCCAGAUAAGCCAGUGACUGUGUCUUUCAAGGAUCGUCAGUGAGGGAGGAAUUUCUACAGUAAAAGGGAAACUUAAGCCAGUUAAUAUUUUUAAUGAUGGUAUCGUAUCAAUGAUAACAUUUUAAAAAUGUCAAUUUGACUUUUAUGUUGCUGCAAUGUAAAAGGUUAAGCUUAAUUUCAAAUGAAUUCUGUUGAAGUGUGGUAAGGUAAUUAUCAUUUUGUAACGAUUCCAUUAUAGCUAACUGGAGAGAAAUUCUCUUUUUGAGCAGUC